AAACAUAAAUAAAAUCCCAACUCGACUUGUGUGCGCGUGUGCAUGUGUGUAAAGGAUAUGCCAAAGGCGAUUGGCCAAGUGUAAAACUGUUUGCGAAAUGUCCUCAAAAGUAUUUAGUUCGUUGAUGGCCGAGAGCAUAUUGCUCUCGAAAGCCGCACAGAUCAUAUCGGGCUAUUCGCCUAUAACUAUAUUUCUGCUGGCCACUAUCAGCAUUUUCCUAGUGGUCUACAAUAAGAGACGCGCCCGUUGGGUUAAAUAUAUCGAAAAGAUACCCGGACCUGCCGCGCUGCCCUUUCUGGGCAAUGCCAUUGAAAUGAAUGUGGAUCACGAUGAGCUUUUUAAUCGUGUAAUAGGCAUGCAAAAACUCUGGGGCACACGGAUCGGCAUCAAUCGCGUCUGGCAGGGCACAUCCCCGCGCGUGCUGCUCUUCGAGCCGGAAACUGUGGAGCCCAUACUGAACAGUCAGAAGUUUGUGAACAAGAGCCAUGACUACGACUAUCUGCAUCCCUGGCUGGGCACAGGCCUGCUCACCAGCACGGAUCGUAAGUGGCAUUCCCGCAGAAAGAUUUUGACGCCCGCCUUUCAUUUCAAAAUUUUGGAUGAUUUUAUUGAUGUGUUCAACGAGCAAAGCGCCGUCUUGGCCCGCAAACUGGCCGUGGAGCUGGGCACCGAGGCGUUCAACAUCUUCCCCUACGUCACACUCUGCACCUUGGACAUUGUGUGCGAAACUGCCAUGGGUCGGAAAAUCUAUGCACAGAGCAACAGCGAGUCGGAGUACGUGAAGGCGGUCUAUGGCAUUGGCUCCAUUGUGCAGAGUCGUCAGGCAAAGAUCUGGCUGCAGAGCGAUUUGCUUUUCCGCCUCACCGAGGAUUACAAGACGCAUCAGAGGUACAUUAAUACGCUCCAUGGCUUCUCCAAUAUGGUGAUACGUGAGCGCAAAACUGAGCUGGCCAACAACAACAAUAAUAACAACAACAACAACAACGAAACGCCCGAUGCCUACGAUGAUCUGGGCAAGAAGAAGCGCUUGGCAUUCCUCGACCUGCUGAUCGAUGCCUCCAAAGAGGGCACCGUCCUGUCCAAUGAGGAUAUCCGUGAGGAGGUAGAUACAUUUAUGUUUGAGGGCCAUGACACAACCUCUGCCGCCAUUUCCUGGACAUUGUUCCUGCUGGGCGCCAAUCCGGAAUAUCAGGAGCGCGUUGUGGAGGAACUGGAGUCCAUAUUUGGCGAUGACACCGAGACGCCCGCCACAAUGAAAAAUCUGCUCGACAUGCGUUAUUUGGAGUGCUGCAUCAAGGAUGCCCUCAGACUGUUUCCCAGCGUGCCCAUGAUGGCACGCAUGGUGGGCGAGGAUGUGACCAUCGGUGGCAAACUGGUGCCCGCCGGCACUCAGGCUAUAAUCAUGACCUAUGCGCUGCAUCGCAAUCCGCGCGUCUUUCCCAAGCCCGAGCAGUUCAAUCCGGAUAACUUCUUGCCCGAGAACUGCGCUGGACGUCAUCCCUUUGCCUAUAUACCCUUCAGUGCUGGGCCGCGCAACUGCAUUGGACAGAAGUUUGCCAUUUUGGAGGAGAAGGCAGUCAUCUCGACAGUGUUGCGUAAAUACAAGAUCGAGGCUGUUGAUCGCCGCGAAGAUCUGACGCUGCUGGGCGAACUGAUUCUGCGUCCCAAGGAUGGGCUCAGAGUAAAGAUCACGCCACGCCAUUGAGCAGAACUGUGACUGAUCCAAAGUAUUUAACUUGUAAAUAUUAAGUUUAAGUUGAAGCUUAAGUAAGGAUGUGCUAAAUUAGCAAAUAACUCUUUGACCUCUGUGGAAUAUGUAAUCGUUGUAUAAACAUAAAACUCAGUGAACCCAUAUUGUG